AUGACGCCAGCUUGCGCCAAUUUCCACUACGGAAUGCUCAAGAGGCUUGUCUACUUCGUUAUUUCAUUGACGAAAUCUCGCAAUGGAAAGCACUCGCAUUUGCUCAAUGCCAUUUUUGCCGUCUCGGCGCGCCAUCUCAGCCGUCUACCCCAGUACAAGACACCGCAGGGCAUCUUCUACCAAGGGCAGCUUCUCACAAAACUUGGAAAUCACGAUGCGGUUGAGUAUAUGCUGAAAUGUAUCCCCGCAUUCCGUCGAUUUCACGAAAACAGAGACGACGAUUUUCGCGAGAGCAUCAUUGCGACAGCAGUGAUUUUACGCCAAUUGGAAGAGAUUGAUGAGGAAGAUGAGGACGCCGACGACGACCUUCACAUGACAGGAGACGAUGAUCUUCUUCACGAAAAGCAAAUCAACUUUAUGCCCAUUAUCAAUGCAGUUCUACGCGACCCAGCAUCGCAGGCCAUGUUUGGGCAUAGGAGCCUCAUACAAGCCGCGUACUGGUUCGCUCUGCGACAGGAGAUUUACCACUCCUUUACCCGCCGAAAACCUCCUCAGCUAGAUCUACCCCCCGAGUACUGGCAGGGCGCCUCAAACGUAAACAAAACGGUCAUGCAUACAGUGCAGGUGGCCAAAUGGCAUUGGGGAAGGGGCACCGAUGACGAGUUUUUACGCCUCAUGGACCAACAGAGUUACCUGGAAAAUGUUGUGCUUGCAAAUACAAAGCCGCUGUUUGAAAAGUCAGCAGACAAGCGACAGGGCGAAAUCUUUCCCACCAUCUGGUAUACGUCGCAUAUUGAGCUGACUAGCAUUCAGCAGUCGCUCAUGGCGCGAUCAGUUUUGGUCUCUGAAAAUCCGUACCUAAAGUAA